CGCGGUUGAACUCGAAGUCGGGAUGCGGUUCCGAGGGAAUACACAAUUUGCAUCCGCUGUCGGACUGGUCCUCGGACUAUUAUGUGCGGUGGAGGCAGCUAAAGUCAAUAAGCACAAACCAUGGAUCGAGACAACGUACCACGGGAUCGUAACGGAAAACGAUGACAAAGUACUCCUGGACCCCCCUCUAAUUGCACUGGACAAGGAUGCUCCUCUACGCUACGCAGGUGAGAUUUGCGGCUUCAGGAUCCAUGGGCAGAAUGUCCCCUUCGAGGCAGUGGUCCUGGACAAGUCCACUGGCGAGGGGGUCAUCCGGGCCAAGGACAAGCUGGACUGCGAGCUGCAGAAGGAGCACACAUUCACCAUCCAAGCCUACGACUGUGGAGAAGGUCCUGAUGGUGCGAACAUGAAGAAGUCCCACAAGGCCACUGUGCACAUCCAGGUAAACGACAUCAACGAGUAUUCACCAGUGUUCAAGGAGAAGUCCUACAAAGCCACCGUUAUAGAGGGAAAGAAGUACGACAGCAUCUUGAAGGUGGAGGCGGUGGACGCUGACUGCUCUUUCCAGUUUAGUCAGAUCUGCAACUAUGAGAUCGUCACCCCUGAUGUGCCCUUCACCGUCGACAAAGAUGGCUUCAUCAAGAACACGGAGAAACUGAGCUAUGGCAAAGAGCGCAUGUAUAAGCUGACUGUGACCGCCUACGACUGUGGAAAGAACCGUGCCUCUGAGGACGUUCUGGUCAAGAUCAGCGUCAAGCCCACCUGCAAACCCAGCUGGCAAGGCUUCAAUAAGAGGAUUGAAUACGAGCCCGGCACAGGUAGCCUGGCCCUUUUCCCCAGCAUGCACUUGGAGACCUGCGAUGAACCAAUCACGUCCAUCCGAGCCAACGUUGAACUGGAAACCAACCAUAUUGGGAAGGGCUGCGACCGUGACACCUACUCUGAGAAGUCGCUGCACAAGCUGUGCGGAGCCAGCUCUGGUACCGUGGAGCUUCUGCCUGCACCCAGCAGCUCCGCCAACUGGACGGUAGGGCUGCCCACCGACAACGGCCACGACAGUGACCAGGUGUUUGAGUUCAACGGCACCCAGGCCAUCAAGGUUCCCGAUGGCAUGGUGAGCACCAGCCUGAAGGAGCCUUUCACCAUCUCUGUGUGGAUGAGACAUGGCCCCGGGGCCCAUGAGAAGGAGACCAUCCUCUGCAACUCUGACAAAACAGAGAUGAACAGACACCACUACUCGCUCUACGUCCACAACUGUAGGCUGAUCCUUCUCCUCCGCCAGGAUCCAUCAGAGGCUGAGAACUACAAACCAGCCGAGUUCCACUGGAAACUAGACCAGGUGUGUGACAAAGAGUGGCAUCACUAUGUGCUGAACGUGGAGUUCCCUACUGUGUCUCUGUUUGUGGAUGGAACUACCUUUGAGCCCUUCCUGGUUACAGAGGACUACCCAUUGCACGCCUCCAAGAUCGAAACUCAGCUCACCAUUGGUGCCUGCUGGCAAGACAACUCAGGACAUGACAAUGACACUGAGUCAGUCUCUGAGCCCACCUCAGGCGGAAAUGCUCGAAUGGCUCAGUUUUUCCGGGGGAACCUAGCUGGGCUGAUGAUCCGCUCUGGCAGGCUGGAGAACAAGAAGGUGAUCGACUGUUUGUACACCUGCAAGGAAGGACUGGACGUGCAGCUGCCUGAGGAGGUAGCUUCAGCUGUCAAGGUGGAGUUCAACCCCAACCAGUCCUCUCUGACCGUGGAGGGCGAUGACAUUGAUGCCUUUGACAAGGUCAUGCAGCACAUCUCCUACUUGAACUCUCGCCAGUUCCCAACCCCAGGAAUCAGGCACCUUCGCAUCUCCACCACCGUCAAAUGCUUCAAUGAGGAGUCCUGUGUAACGGUGCCAGAUGCCGAAGGUUACGUGAUGGUGCUGCAGCCUGAGGAGCCCAAGAUCAGCCUGAGCGGCAUUGACCACUUUGCCCGCAGCGCCGCCGAAUUUGAGAGCCAGGAAGGUGUGACGCUGUUCCCUGAGCUACGAAUCGUUAGCACCAUCACCCGUGAAGUGGAGGCCGACACCGAGUCUGAAGCAGCAGAAGGAGCUGACGAUGACCCCACAGUCCAAGAGACAGUGGUGUCAGAAGAGAUCAUGCACAACCUGGACACAUGUGAAGUGACUGUGGUGGGAGACGAGCUGGACGGGGAGCAUGAGAGCCUGGAGGUGGACAUGGCCCAGCUGCAGCAGCAGGGCCUGGAGAUGAGUUCAUCAAACCUGGGCCUCGUCAUCACCGGUGUGAACACCAUGGCCAACUACGAGCAGGUCCUGCAUCUCAUCCGUUACAAGAACUGGCACACAGAGGCUCUCUUUGACAGGAAAUUCAAGCUGGUCUGCUCUGAACUCAACGGUCGCUACAUCAGCAAUGACUUCAAGGUCGAGGUGAAUGUAAUCCACACAGCCAAUCCAGUGGAGCAUGCUAACAAUGCCAUGGUGCAGCCCAACUUUAUUAACCCCGUGCAUCAUGCUUCUGUGGAUCUGUCUGGUCAUAACCUGGUCAACGCUCACCAGGCCUCAGUGGUUCCGAGCGCCGCCACCAUUGUCAUUGUGGUGUGUGUUAGCUUCCUGGUGUUUAUGAUCAUCCUGGGCGUGUUCCGCAUCCGAGCUGCACACCAGCGCACCAUGAGAGACCAGGAGAACGGCAAGGAGAACGAGAUGGACUGGGACGACUCAGCCCUCACCAUCACCGUCAACCCAAUGGAGACAUACGAGGACCAGCACAGCAGCGAGGAGGAGGAAGAGGAGGAGGAGGAGAGCGAGGAUGGAGAGGAGGAAGAUGACAUCACGAGCGCUGAGUCAGAGAGCAGCGAAGACGAAGAGGGUGGGGAGCCGGAGGACCAGCAGGGGGCCAGUAGACAGCAGCAGCUGGAGUGGGACGACUCCACCCUCACCUACUAGAACAACACACACACACACACACACAGCAACACACACAUAACACUCAACACAAGCUCACACACUUCACCAACUCACACUCACUGCUUCACACACACACUCCCACCCCCUACAGUUUCAUGUCCAAGGAGCCGUGAUGUAAGAAAAAAAAAAAAAAGAAAAGAAAAAUUCCCUUCAGCG